CGACUAUCAGAUACAGAGCACGAAUAUCGGCCCAGUCGAUCUGUAUCUUCUUUCCCGAUCAAUUAAUCCCGUCGCAUACAUCUAUCAUUCAAUAUGGGUUUCGGAGCUCCCGGUGGUGGCGCCGUACCUAUCAAGCCUACGCCUCCUGAGCGUGGUAGCUUUCCCCUCGAUCAUGAUGGCGAAUGCAAGCACAUCAUCAGCAGCUAUCUCAAAUGCCUGAAAUCGCAACGCGGCGUGAAUGACGAGGAGUGUCGGAAACUCGCCAAGUCGUAUUUGUCGUGUCGGAUGGAUCAUAACCUCAUGGCGCCGGACGACUUUAAGAACCUCGGGUUGGUCUUUGCACAGGACAAGGGGGCUUCGAGUGGGUCUGCUGAGAAUGCGGAGAAGAAAGCAUAGGUGGAUUUGCUUGCAGGGUAUGGCUCAGAGCUGUAUGAUAUACUGGGAUGUCUGUAUAAAUAGGGUGUUUGGGUGAUGAUUGAUGAUAGAUCUCCGUUUCUGGCGUUGGGAUGGUUGUUCUGUAUAUACUGUAUCAUACCUGGCUAUGGGCA